AGUUGUGCUGGACAUUUGAAGUUAUUAGAUAGAAAUUCCUGAAGAAAUAUGCCUGCAGGUAAAGAAAGUGAUAGUGAUACGGGAACAGUGAAAAGAACGACUUUCAGGCCACCAUGGGUGAAGGAAGGUCCCAAUCCAUUGCCGACUCCGGCAACACCAUGGACUCUCAAAUCUUCACCAAGGAAAGAGAGCGUUACAGAGACCACAGAAAAACAGGAGUAUAACCCAUUGGCCGAAGUUCAAUUGAAACCUACCAAAGUGAACAAAAAACCGCCACCACCAGAAGAAAACGGCGAGGAAGGGGUGGUUAGAAAGCAUAAAUUACUAGCUGGAGUCCAGUUAAAAAAGAUUAAAAAAGCAGAACCCAAAGAACCUCAGGAAAAUGGAGCGAAAGAAAGUUUCUUUCAGAAGCCGGCGCUGAAACCGGUUCCACAGAGGGAAAAAUCUCCUCCUAAAAAGGAUCACAAAAUUCACAAUCUUCCGACUCUACAAAAAGCUUCAGAAAGGGUGUUAAAGAGUCCUCCUAGGAAGCCGUCUUUAGCUAGAAGUGAUACGUUAACGUCCGACGAUGAAGUUGAAAUUGACAAGGAAGUACCCACGAAACGAAAUGCUCUCGUAAGGGAGGCGUCUAUGAGAAGACUCUCACAGUCUAAUAUACCACCACCACCUCCACCACCAGGAAUGCCUCCUCCUCCUCCGGCCAUGCCGGGUGCAAUGCCCAAAAAACCACUGACUGAUAAGCAAAUUGCAAGAUUAAGUAAAUUAAAGGCUAGACCUAAACAUAGGCCAGACUGGAACAACUUGCUAGCUGAAAUCGAGUCUAAAAAAGCGUUAAAACAUGUAGUUUGUAAUGACAGAUCUAGUCCUCUUUUACCAGAAGCAAAGACAGCUGAUGAACACAUGAUAUAUAAAAGCGAAGAGCCUAACGUCCAUAAUGAAUUGCUUAAACAGAUUGAAAAAGGUAUAUGCCUCAAGAAGGUUAAAACUAACGAUAGGAGUAAACCUGUUCUUGACGGUUUGAGGAAGUUUAGAAGACAAAUGACAAUAGAAGAACAGAUUCAGAAGUCAAUGUCAAUGGCUAGUAUAACUCCAGAAGAAAUUGCGACAGACGAAAUAGAUGAAAUGGACGACAUAGACAAAGUCCGAGAUGAUCUUCAGAGUACCAAACAAAUGUUGGCUUUAGAACUGAGAAAUAAGGAAGCCCAAGAGAGAGAAAAUAAGAGAUUACUGGCUAGGAUCCAAAACCUUCAAGCUGAGCUGGAGAAAGAGAAAAGCGUUAACAAGGACGGUGGUAACACUGCUGCUCAUAGCGCUGCAGACGAAAAGGUAAUUAUUGGGUUGAAAAAAGAAGCUGAACAGGCAAGAAAAACUUCUCAAGAUCUGGAAAAGAAAUAUACGACUGCUGCGGAGGAACUAGAUGCCACUAAAGCAAAAAUGGAAGAACUGAGACGUCAGAAUCAAGCUCUUGAGAAAAGAGUACAGGAAGCGAUGAUGGGAGUAAAGAAAUCAAGUUCUUCCGGCGGUUUCUGGUUUGAAUCUGAUGAUGAAUAUGAAUAUAGGAACGCAGGCAAGAGAUUCUCCAUCUCCGACCGGAAACAAAGCGGAGCUGCUCCAGGAAGCGACGACGACUUCGAGGAUGAAGAGCCAGAAGAAGAGAGCGAUGGAGAGGAUACUGAAGAGAAAAAAGAAAAGAGGCUAGUGAAGGAGGUAAAGAUGCUAAGGAAAAAGUUGCAGAGUCUGAAAACUAAGGAGGAUAAUGCGAAGAAGGAGAGAGUCGCACUACGGGAGAUUAUCAAGAAGCACCAGACUGAAAUGAAGGACGAGAAGAAGAAGUAUAAACAAUUAAAAAAAGAAGUUGAUAAAAUGGCAUCUCUCAUGAAAGACACGGACGACGACGAGGAAGAGGAAGAAGAAGAAAAGGAAGAAGCCGAAGAGGAAGAAUCCGAGGAAGAGGAAGAAAGCAGCGAGGAAGAAGAAUCAGAAAGUGACAGCGAGGACACCGAUUCCGAGAAAAGUCAAAGUGAAGACGAAGACGCACCCAGUGACAAACACAAGACGAACUUGACUGCAAGAACGAAAAGACACGAGAACAUAUUAAACGCAUUAAAGAAGGGAAACUUUUUAUUGAAAACGAACGCGGAGAGGAUACAAGACGAUCUGAACAAACAGAAGGAAUUAACGGCUUCUUUGCAAGAGGAUCUAGAUUCGGUUCUCUCAGAGUUGGGUUAAAUUUUGUUGUUAUUUCGCGUUUUUGUUUAUAAUUUUGUAAAAAAAAUUGUAUAAUAAUCUGUAUAUACUUAGAGUAUAUAUACCCGCUAAGUAUGGCAAUCUGAAUUUGAGUUCUUUACAAAGUGAAUGAUAGUUUUUAUGUGUUAUCAAGGAGUAAUAUUUUAUAUUUUAUUUUCAAAUAAAUUCACAUUGUGCAAUUUAGCUUAGAAAAGCUAAGAAAAUUGGUUACAUAUGAUUUGUCAGUUAUUUAGCUGUCUCAUCUUUGCAUACCUCGUAAAUUUUAUCUUUUCUUAUUUUAAAACUAUUUGGUUAUAUAUCAAAUGUAAAUCCAUUCAUGAAUAUGUUGUUUUAAUUCUUUUACUUUGCAUGUUUUAUUAUUUUAGUUUUUUAUUGAAACCAAAAGUGAUAAGUUUGCUUUCAUAGUUAAUUUCAACAAAACCAAAAUCAUGGUUAUUGAUCGCCAACACUAUCCUUAAACUCGAGCUAUUGCGGGAUACGAUUUAGUCUCGUCUAUGAUAUAUCUUGGAGCUCUGGUUAACAAUACAGACAGUUGUGAACCCGAAAUUCGAAGGCAUAUACAACUAGCAAGAGCAGCAAUGACCGAACUAAACGGGGUAAGGCGUGAUCCGUGAUCUACGACAAAUAAACAGAGAUCUGUUUUAACUCUGGUCUUUUCCAUAUUUUACUAUGCAUAGGAAAUAUGGGCAGUCAAAGAAUCAAAUAUACGACGCAUACAUGCGUUUGAAAUAUGUCCAUGGAGACCACUGCUUCGAAUUCUCUGGACGGAUCACCGAACGAAUGUCUCGGUUCUAGAUAAACUUUAAUCCAAUCAACGAAUCUCUAGUACUAUUUACUGUAGAAUUUUUUUAGGUUUUUUGGUCAUGGAAGAGAUUACUAAAUGGAGCAACUGGUGGUCCAAGAAAGGCCACAGAAUCAACGUUAAUGCAGCAGAUCAUCAGUGAUGGGCAAACAUUACGAAAGAGCUGCUCAUUAAAAAGUAUACUACGGCAACACAUGUAAUAGAUGACGGCGAUUAGUAAAGAACUAUCAGUAAUCAAACUAUCCGAGCUGCUGAAGCUCAAUGAUGGACCACAACAUAUCUUCUAAGAUUUUAAUGACUAGGAUGAUGAGUUUAUAUUUAUUUUAGUUCCUUCUUUCUCUUGAAAGAGUUGAUUUAGAUGCUCAUCGAUUUAUUUAAUUCUGUCUUUGAUUUAUCUUUGUUUUUGUUUUAAUAAUAGUUUAACUUUUAUUUAUUUUUUUUCUAUUUUUCUAUUUAUUUAAUAAUAUUUUAAUUUUUAUGAGUUAUCAAUUUCUUUCGAAUGCUUUCUUUUUAUUUUCAUUUAUGUCUUCCUUUUUUAUCUUCGUUGUUAUUUCCUCAUCUCUUGUACCAUCGCUGUUAAAUUUUUUACUCUAUCCUAUUUUUUCCGUUCCUAAAAUGGUUUACCAUUUCAAUCAUUUAUAAAAAAUAGUACUGACUGGAAAAUUUACCUCGCUGUUUUUAUGAAUGACUGGCAACUGAUUAUCAUUCUUAAUUUUUUCUUUUUCAUCAUUUUACAGUUUUUUCAUCACUUUAUUUUGAGUGCUAUUUUGAUUAUUAUUUUAUUAAAUUAACUUAUUUUCCAUUCAAAAAAGAUUAUAUUGGCGCAGAGAGAAAAGAAAAUAAACUAGGUGUUGAUAGACUUACCUACAUCAAAAGUGUGUUGAUGAUAAUGUCAAAUAUAUGAUAUAUGCGCACAUACAUACACUCAAACAAAUGUUGAUAGGGGGAGGUGGUGAGAAAUGGAAAGGGCGAAGGAGAGAGUUUUGAGGAAAAAGCGAGAAAAUAUAGCAAGUUGUCUAGCUCACACCAACAAAAUAUGGAACCGAUUUGUUCGAUAUGGGCAGAACAGGAGAGUAAAAUAAACAAUUAGGAAAAAACUACAGACAAAAAUCACCUGAGGUAGACCAGUAGUAACAGUAUUUGUAUAAUAGUAUAACAAUUUUGUCUAAAAAGCGAGCAAUAGAGAUAAUGUUCAUAAACUUUUCACUUAAUGGUAUAUGAUACUGAUAAUAACAAUAAUAAAUAACUGAUUAUUACUAUUAGCAUAAAUUUUAUUCACUUUGUAAACCAAUGGUCACAGCUUGAUGAGCUGCACAUACCGCAUCAGACAAAACGCUUUUUUAAGACUUAGACACGUAUUUAUUUCUUACUUUACUGAUUGUAUUUAUAUUAACAUAUUCAGACGUUUGUAUUGCUUAAAGCUCUUCAGUUACUUUCUAAUGUACGACUACCUAUUUCUCGAGGAAAUAAUGUAUGUAGAAUAGGCGAAAUUGCAGCUUAAAAUUUUCGCGAAUACGUAAUCAGUCUGGCGCACUAGAAAGUAAUGUUUUUUUGAAAGAAUGGGCAAUGAUAUCCGAUUUAAGAAAUGUUUUUCAAUUAGUAGAAGUUAUAUUCUUUUCAAAAUAAAUAAAAUAUUAUUU